GAUUCCUAAAGCGGCAAUACAGAUGACUUGUUCGUGCACGGCUUUCGCGGGGUCUUGGUGCUCCUCUGUGCAAUAUGUUAAGAAUCAAGGCCGCCUUUUCUUCCUUCAGAUGGAGGCCUCACCGACAGCUGCGUCAUCCUUCAAUCACAAGCUGCAUUCACAAAAAUCCCUUGCGUUUCACGUCGACAUCAGCAACCCAGAAUUAUCGCGGCCCGGAGCUGCAUCCGCUGAACAAGCAGAUCACCCAUUUGAUCCGAAGUGGCCGGCUCGAUGACGCCAAGACACUUUUUGACGGUAUGAGAGAACGGAAUACGGUAUCGUGGAACUCGAUGAUUACUGGUUUUGUUCAACGAAGAGAGAUGACCAAGGCACGGAAACUGUUUGAUGAAAUGCCUGAGAAGGAUGUUGUGACUUGGAAUUUGAUGAUAUCGGGAUAUUUGGCGUGCCGCGGGAGGAGAUAUAUGGAGGAAGCGAGGUACUUGUUCGAGCAAAUGCCGGAGAGAGAUUUUGUUUCUUGGAAUACAAUGAUUACUGGGUAUGCUCGAAAUGGGAAGAUGGAUGAAGCAUUCUGCCUUUUCAAUAGCAUGCCUAAGCAGAAUGUCGUUUCUUGGAAUGCUUUGAUAUCAGGGUUUUUGCACAAUGGUGAUGUGAGAAGUGCAAUUGAAUUUUUUCAGAGAAUGCCUGAGCGGGACAAGGCUUCUCUCAGUGCUCUUAUAUCUGGCCUGGUUCAUAACGGAGACUUAGAUAAAGCUGCUAGUUUUCUUCUUGAAAACCGGAAACUGGAUGAUGGUAGAGAAGAUUUGCUUCAUGCUUAUAACACGUUAAUUGCUGGGUAUGGUCAAAGAGGACGAGUUGAUGAUGCACGGCGCCUUUUUGACCAAAUCCCGUUUUGUCCUGAUCCUGGAGAGGCAGAAGGUCGGAGGUUUGAAAAAAAUAUUGUAUCAUGGAAUUCUAUGAUCAUGUGCUAUGUCAAAGCAAGAGAUAUUGUUUCUGCAAGGGAACUAUUUGAUCAAAUGGUGGAGCGAGAUACUUUCUCAUGGAACACCAUGAUCAGUGGCUACAUUAACAUGUCUGAUAUGGAAGAAGCUUCACAGCUGUUCCAUGAAAUGCCAAACCCUGAUAUACUAUCGUGGAAUUCAAUGAUCUCAGGUUAUGCCCAAAUGGGUAACUUGGAACUCGCUCAUGAUCUUUUCUCAAGGAUGCCCCAAAAAAACGUAGUCUCGUGGAAUUCCAUGAUAGCAGGGUAUGAGAAAAAUCAGGACCGUGAAGGAGCAACUAAGCUUUUCAUGCAGAUGCAAGAUACAGGAGAGAAACCUGAUCGACACACCUUGUCUUCACUUCUCAGUGUUUGUGCCGAGUCAGUGGCUCUGCAACUGGGUAUGCAGAUCCACCAACAGGUCAUAAAGUUGUUUAUUCCAGAUGUUCCAUUAAAUAAUUCCCUCAUUACUAUGUAUUCGAGAUGUGGGGCAAUUAUCCAGGCAAGGGAUAUUUUUGAUGAGAUGAAAUUGCAGAAAGAUGUGAUUUCUUGGAAUGCCAUGAUUGGAGGAUAUGCAUCCCAUGGUUUUGCUACAGAUGCUUUAGAACUUUUUGAACUAAUGAAGAGGCUUAAAGUUCAGCCAACUUAUAUUACAUUUAUCUCAGUUUUGAAUGCAUGUGCUUGCGCUGGCCUAGUGGAAGAAGGCCGGAUGCAUUUCAAAUCCAUGGUGAGUGAAUUUGCUAUCCAGCCAAGAGUGGAACAUUUUGCCUCCCUCGUGGAUAUUGUGGGUCGGAAUGGGCAGGUUGAAGAAGCUAUGGCUCUGAUCAACUGUAUGCCAUUUGAGCCAGAUAAGGCUGUGUGGGGUGCAUUAUUGGGUGCUUGUAGGGUGCAUAACAAUGUAGACUUAGCCCGUGUUGCAGCUGAAGCUUUGAUGAGACUUGAACCAGAAAGCUCAGCCCCCUACGUAUUGCUAUAUAACAUGUAUGCUGAUGUUGGACGGUGGGAUGAUGCCACUCAAGUGAGGAUGAUAAUGGAGAAAAAUAAAAUUAGAAAGAAACCAGGGUACAGUUGGGUAGAUUCUGGCAUGUGAUUGAGGAAGCUUGCAAUCGGUUGUAUAUGUUGCCAUGAAGUUUUUACUUAUCUGAUCAACCUGUUGGUUAUUUACCCUCAGAACAUGCAAGCAGAUUUGCUACUUCAAGAUGAUACUGGGGCAGGACACGGGUCACUUGGAACCAUGGUGCAUUGUAUUUUAGGUUCUGUUAUGACAGGAGGACAAAUAAUUAUGUAGGCUUUCUCUGUAUGGAGCUAUGUCCAAGAAAUACUGAUACCCUAUUCAGCCUUCGAUCUGCAGUGCACUGGUGAUUUAUCAAUACAGUAGAGGCGCAUCUGGAUUGCUACUGAGGUACCUGGAGAAAGAGAAUAAUAAAUCAAAAAAAGGCGUCUCAGUGCACGAGGUUGUGUAUACUUAACACUUGCCCAUUGAAAGCACAGAAUUUGGUUGGGCUACAAUUUUGUCCAUCGGCCAGUCUCUCUUCUCUGAGCUUCUUUACACUUGGCGUCAGAAGAGGUCAAGUUGCUUCUGCCGGAAUGAUGCAGUGGAUGCUUGUACGGUGAACUGAUAAUCUGGCUGUAAAAGAUGCAUUUACCAUACAGAUUGAGUUCUUCCUCGAGAAACCUAUGUUAAAUUGUUUACUUUUGGAUGACAAGGAAUCAAGAAAACUGAAGAGCAUAAACUCUGACGAGAUAAAACCCACUUCGGCAGCAUAGUGAUCGCCAGAUAUCGGAGACUUCUGGAAUCAGCAGCAGGUGUUAUGUUUUUGGUUGAUACUGACAGACAUGCAACACUUGCUACACUCUUAUUUUGAUAGCUUGAUAUUCCACAUUUGUCAGUUAGGUCAUCAGGGCAUUGAUCUUUUUUACUUCCAUCUUAUGUUUGAAUUUGAAGCAGUCUGUGUCAACAGUUAUUAGUAUGCAAAGGAAGUAGUUAUAUGUGAAAAUGAUGAAGACUUUCCAGAGGUUGUUCUUGGUUUUGAAACUGAUGAAAUCGUUAAGGAAAUGGUUCCUGUUGUUAUC